AUGGAAAAGGCCUACACAGAAAUUCAGAAACUGGUGGCCGACACAAACGGAGAUGCUGCAAGCCUGUCGAUUCUCGACAAAGAGAUGGAUGAACGCGAAGAAAUGCGGGACGCCUGGAUUCGAGUCGAAACGGAGCUCACGGAAAAGCUUGAGUCAACGAGUAGAGCAGCAGCGGCGUCAAGGAGCAUUCCGACUACAACAAAAAGGGUCAAGCUACCGGACCUGAAGAUAAAGCAAUUUGAUGGAGACGUUUUUAAAUGGAGAAGUUUUUGGGACAUCUUCAAAAUCAACUUUGAUCAGAAUUCUGAUCUUUCGGACGUGCAGAAGUAUUCCUACCUGCGCGAAUAUCUUACUGGAAAGGCGCUGCGUGCUGUGGAAGGUUUCGAAGUGACCGACGACUCUUACCCGAAGGCCGUCAAAACUUUAAAAGAAUUGUUUGGUAACAAGGAUAUUGCAGUGCAAGCUCAUAUGAGUCGUCUGUACAAUUUGCAAAAUACCAAGCAAGCAACGGACACCGCCUCAUUGGAACGAUUAUACACCGAGGUGAACACUCAUGUUCGUUCUCUCGAAACACUCAGCGAAAAUAUCAAGGCAUUCGGAGGAUUAAUCGUCACGAUAAUGCUCCACAAGCUGCCCGACGAAUUGAUUCUCAUCUGGAACCGAGAGAAGAAAAGAAGUGCCACCGAUCUCGAGGCCAUGUUAACGUCCAUCCGUGACGAAUUUGCCGCUCGGGAUAGAUGUAAAAAGUUGACGAAUAGUGUUGAGCCGGCUCAACAGACAACAACUAGACCACCCUACUAG